ACGCGCCCGCCUGGUCGCACGACCUCCUCUUGGGCAGAUCUCGAUCAGUCCAUCAUUCUUGCCUGCGUUUCGCCUAUAGGCAACUGGCUCACCGGCGGCGACUACGUGAAAAGUCUCAUUCUCUUCGCCCUGCUCAUAUACUACCUUCACCAGGUGAUCGAAGUGCCUUGGAAAUUAUAUCAGGAAUCUCUCCCUCGGAAGCCAGCGCACCCACGCAGGACUCAUGCAGAAGACUCUAACCCCAUCAUCAAGUUGGCUGAGACCGAGCUCCACCAACAAGAAAUCUUCCUGCUAGGUUUCACGGUCUUCUCUCCGUUUCUUGCUGCAAUACUUCUUUAUUUCGUCCUGGACGCUCUCGGCGGCGCCGAUUCGCUCUCAUGGUUCAGCACAACACUCUUCGUGCUCGCAGCGGGCAUCCGACCAUGGAAUCAUCUUAUCUCACGGCUCCAAUCGCGCACGCAGGCGCUACACGAUGCCGUGCACUACCCGCCCGACGCGGCGGCCGAGGCGGAGCAGGCGGCGCGGGUCACGGCUCGGCUAGAUGCCAUGGCGGCUAAAUUGCAGGAGCUGCAAACCCAUGUAGUUCACGCGGAGAUUUUGCUGGAGCCGAUGGAGAGCCUGCGCGAGGCGGUGGACCAGUUGAAACUCGAAGCAAAGCAGAGCGAGCGGAAGGCGAAGGUAGCGCGGGAGGCGUUCGAAAAGCGCGUCACAACUCUCGCGACAGGUCUGCUACAUCUUGAACAGUCACGCAAGAUCGAUACGGACACGAUCAUGGCACUGCGCGCUCAAGAGGCCCCGCUGUACGUACUGGCAUACCAGCGCGCGUGCAGAUAUAUUGGCCCCCUUCUGGCGGGCUUACGUCGCUUGCCAAAGAUGAUGUGGAUGCCGCGCUCGCAAGAGCCGGGACAUGGUAAGAUGGGAAAUGGCACUGCCGAUGGCGCUGUACAUCACAACGGCAUCCUGAAGAACGGGAAUGGUCACAUGAGCGGCAUUCCCCCACGCACAUCUGCCCGCGAGAACGGCUCGCAUCCUGGCUCCCCCCGCCUUCCUACCAUCCCUGAAGCCGUGCACUCAGACAGCGACGCAGAUUCGGAGGGGACAUUCGUGUCGGAGAAGGAAAAGGAGAGAGAAAGUCCGGUAAUGUCUCCCGUUGCGCGCCCGCGCGAGAAGGCUCGGCGAAUGAGAAGCAGAAGCCGGAGUGGCAGCAAGAAAAUGGUGCCCCCUCGGAGACACGCUCCGCUGUCAUUUGGCCAGUGGGCUCUCCAGUGCGCGCAAAGCGUGGUGCUGUGGCCAUACCUCGUGAGCGUCAAGAUCUUGAAACUCAUGUUGCCGCCCCCCCUGCAGCGAAUUUUGCCU